ACAGUGUGCAAUCGAAGGAGGGUCGGAAAGACGCCAAAGCAUAUGAUUUUGUUGUAUUAUGCUGCGGCUUUCUCUUAUUGAAUGACAAUGCGGAAAGGUUUUGUUUGUUUAGAUACUUUGUUGGUUUUAUUGUUUCAGUGUUCACAAAUAAGUGCGUUUAAUUUGGACAUGGUCAAUCCUUUAGAGUACUCUGGCCCAGUUGACAGCUACUUUGGCUAUUCCGUGGAUUUCUUCUCACCGGAUAACCAGUUGAACCUCCUUAUUGGAGCCCCCAAAUCUAACUCGUCUUCAUCAGCUACAGUGGUGGAGCGUGGAGCCGUGUACAGCUGCCCUUGGCAAGAUGUAAGAAAGUGCCAACAGAUUGUAUUUGACAACACAGGUGAUCGCAGCACUGCUUCGGGGAAAGAGUUCAAGUCCCAUCAGUGGUUCGGUGCCACUGUACGUUCGGAUGGAGAACACAUACUGGCCUGUGCACCUCUCUAUCAGUGGUCCACCCCCAAGUUCUCGGACCGCGAACCUGUAGGAACCUGUUAUCUCAAGAAAGGGUUAAAGAUUGUGGAAUACUCGCCUUGUCGGACCAAUUCUCUUUCUCCUGUUGGUCAAGGAUUCUGUCAGGCUGGCUUCAGUGCAGACUUUGUGAAAAAUGAUAAGAGCAGAUUGGUGAUUGGAGGACCAGGUAGCUUCUACUGGCAAGGGCAGCUGAUCUCUGAUGACAUUGCAGAAGUCCUUAGCAGGGUCACCAACCAGUUUAUCACACCAUAUGGGAAUCAGCUCUCCACAGCAUCGUCUAAUCCAAACUAUGAUGACAGUUAUCUUGGAUAUUCUCUUGCAGUUGGUGAUUUCGAUAAUGAUGGACACGAUGACUACCUCACGGGGGUUCCCAGAGGAGAAAAAGUUGUUGGCUAUGUCACCAUAUUUAACGGGAAAACUAUGGAGUCCGAGGCAAACUUCACUGGAACACAGAUGGCAGCCUAUUUUGGCCAUGCUGUGGCAGCGGCUGAUGUUAAUAAUGAUGGACACUUGGACGUCUUUGCAGGUGCUCCUCUCUUUAUGAGCCGCGGCUCUGAUGGUAAAUUCAGAGAGCUUGGACAGGUGUCUGUAUAUCUGGGCCUCGCCGGGUUUUCUUUCCGGGAUCCAGUCCUCCUAACUGGCACUCAAGUGUAUGGCCGCUUUGGCAGCGCCAUUGCCUCACUUGGUGAUCUUGAUCAGGAUGGCUACAAUGACAUAGCCAUCUCUGUGCCAUACGGCGGUACUGAAGGGAAGGGGUUGGUGUAUGUGUAUAACGGACGAGACAGUGGCAUCGGUCGAGUGGCCUCUCAAGUUCUGCACGGCCAAUGGGCUUCCACAUCCUCCUUGUCGCCAAGUUUCGGCUACUCACUGAAAGGAGCAACUGACAUUGACAAAAAUGGCUACCCAGAUUUGAUAGUAGGAGCCUUUGGAGCUGAUAAAGCCAUUUUAUACAGAGCUCGCCCUGUCGUUAUCACAAACAUAACUUUGGACAUCAUUCCUCAAACCCUAAACUUAGAGGACAAGAAAUGCAAAAUUCCUGGUACAACUACAUCUACCACCUGUUUCAAGGUCAAGUACUGUCUUCAGGCUAAUGGCAAGGGUAUAAAGCUGCCUUCUUCAUUCAAGGUGCAGGUUGAUCUGCAGCUUGAUCGGCUCAAACACAGCGGGGGAAAGAGAGCCAUGUUUGUCCUCAACAAAGCCUCGCAACGAAUAGUCAACAUUACUGUGCCCAACACCAACCAGCCUACCUGUCAGGAACUGGAUGCCUUUGUCAUUGAUGAUUCAGAGUUCCGGGAUAAAAUCACGCCCAUCUCAGUCUUCCUGGAUUACCAGCUGGAUUACGGCACGGCGGCAGACUUGACAGGUCUUCAGCCUGUUCUUAACCAGCUCAGCCCAGGGAAUGCAUCCAGACAGGCUCAUUUUCUACUGGACUGUGGACCUGAUAACAUUUGUAAACCAGACCUACAGCUCAUUGUGAAAAGUGACCAGGAGCAGAUGUAUAUAGGUGAUGAGAGCCCUCUUACUCUUGAUGUCACAGCACAGAACAAUGGGGAGGGAGCGUAUGAAACAGAGCUUUAUGUCUACAUGCCCCCGCAUGCAGACUUUAUUGGCGCAGACAAAAAGGAGGGCCAGCCUCGUCUGUCGUGUGCCUACAGACGUGAGAACCAGACCAGGGAGGUAGUGUGUGACCUCGGCAACCCCAUGAAAGCAGGAACUUCUCUGUCAACUAGCCUGAGAUUUAGUGUCCACCAGCUUUCUGAUGAGGACACUGAAGUAAAGUUUGACCUGCAGAUCCACAGCUCCAAUAAGUUCAAUGGCAGCAGUGCCUUGGUUUCCAGUAUCACCAAGCUGGCUGUGUUGGCUAGGAUGGAGAUGCACAGUGCAUCGGCACCCAAUCAAAUCCUUCUUCCCAUUGCAAACUGGGAGCCUAAAGACCCACCAGUAACAGAAGAUGACAUUGGUCCAGGGGUACAACUCAUAUAUGAGCUGCGGAACAAUGGCCCAAGUGUGAUCAGUAAGGCUACGAUGGAUGUCCUUUGGCCCUCUACAUUUAACAAUGACAGCUUGCUCUACAUCACAACGUACGAACACGAAGGGCCCAUACAGUGCCGCACAGACACCCCAGUCAACUCUCUGAACCUCACAAGUCCUGUUGUGCAGACUAACUACACAGACCUAGAGAGUGGAGACAGCAGGGUAGAGACACGGACGCGGACUCGCCGUGAUGUCGGAGACAAAUCAGAUCUGACCAAAGCAGAAGCCGACCGGGUGACUUUGGAUUGUAACAGAGCAACGUGUUCACUAAUAAAAUGUGAAGUGGGUCGUCUGGAGAGAGGGAAGAGUGUCAUUGUGUUCAUUAAAUCACGACUCGCUGUGACCACCUUCCUCAAGACAGAAAAUCAAAAUCGGUCGUACACUAUUAUUUCUUCUGCCUCCUUCAAUGUCACAGAGAUGCCAUAUAAAAAUCUGGUGGCUAAGCUACCACACAACUCAACCACUAUAAGCACUCUUGUGGAUUCAGCGACAACUGGUACGCAACUGCCUGUACCCACAUGGAUAAUCGCAGUGGCUGUCCUGGCAGGACUUCUCCUCCUGGUUCUUCUCAUCUUAAUCAUGUACAAGUGUGGAUUCUUCAAACGAAGUCGCCCCCCGCAGGAGGACAAUGAGAAAGAGCAACUCCAACCAGAGGCAGAGGCCAGUCCCGAGGCCUGAGUAGUGUGUGUGGCAUAGCAGCAGAGUGUUUGUGUUUUUGUCUUGAAGUAACACCUGGUGACCAGUAGGGUGACUUACGAGCACAGCUUAUACUACUGUUACUGUAACAUCUGGUACUUCAAAUUUAAAGUUGCUGUUGAAAUGUAAAUAUAAGCGUCAUUUGUUUUUAAAACUCCUACGACUGAGGAGUUACCAUUUCAGCCUCUGAUACUGAAGAAAAUCAACUUGAUACUCUGUAAAAUCUUUUCCAAAUGAAUGGUUAUGUGUUUUUAUGCAUUUCUCACCAUCAUUACAUCAGGUUUAAAAAUGUAAGUUCAUAAUAGAUUGUAUUUUUUUGAUAAAGAAAUGUCCUUUUGUUUCACAUUUGAAGCACAUUGGAAGCCAAAGUUGGAACAUUAUUGUAUUGCAAGUACAAGCUUAAGCACUAGUUUUAAGCAGCUUAAGCACUAGUUUUAAUGGAGUUUCACAGAGUUUACCAUGCCAUUAUCAUGGAAUCAUACAGCACAUACACGUAGGGCUUAAAGCAGUGGUUCUCACACUUUUUCUGUCAUUUCUCACUUUGGAGGUGAGGAAUUUUCAAGCCUCACUUCGGUCCGCUGGAUCAGAUGCUAUUUCAAUUCAUAUGUUGGCCUGUUUAUGACUCCUAUGUUUGUGUGUGUGGCUAUUUUGUUUUGAAUCUAUAAUCUUCCUUGUCAAAAAAGAAAGGCAUUAUUAAUCUCUAUUUAAUAAAUAAUUCCCCAUCUAUUUCCCACUAGUGGGGCCCGCCCCACACUUUGAGAACCACUGGCUUAAAGCAGGGAACAUUUCUGUGCCUGACGUAAUCAUAACCAUCAAAGCCGUAAUAUAUACAUUUUCAAAUCCUAAAUGGUCUGGCCUAUGCAUGAAUUCAGACACAGUGCCUGAGAAUGUAAAGACCUACAUACAUACAGCACCUUGUAACUUUAUUUUUUCACUAUAGGGCAUGUCAUUCUUUCCACUGUAGAUUUGCAUUAUUUCUGCUUUCCAGAUGUGUUAUUUGUUUUUUGUUGUGUGUGAACCCAUUUUUUCAUGGGGAGCAUUUUCAGAUGUGCACCUUACUAUUUAGGCCUAUCCAAACAGUUCAGAUGAAGCUUCUUAACAUUCCCAUGUUUUGCUUUCCAAAACAAUACAGCUAUUUACACGUCAUAGAUUGAGGCUGUCAUAUAUGUCUGGAAUCAGCAAGUGCAUACUACUGAAACUGAAACACUGUAACACAAACUGUGCAAUAUUAUUUAUGCAUUUAUAACCACUGUAGAAAAUAGAAACUUAGAUCAACAUCUUUUUUUUAUUUUUUAUUUGAGUUGGGGUUGGGGUUACCAUUGUCAAGGCCCUGCAUGCCUACUGUAGGGCAUCAAUGUUUUACUGGGGGAUUUAGACAUGAAACCUUUACUAAAUGUGUUUUUACAUUAACACAACCCUGAGUAGAUUACCCUACCUCAUCAGUCACAUAAUUUAGAUAGUUACUGCACACUUCUUUCUUCAGGGUCAUUCUUCUUUCUAUUUUUCCCCCUCAUGACCAAUGUUUUUUUUUUUUUACUUAAUGCUGAGCUGUGUUGGCAUUUAGCACAUGUGUGUUGUUAGGCCUACAUGCUAUUUUGCAGAUAUGUUCAUGUUGUAGCCUAGCAUGAAAUAUUUUUUUCAAUAAACUGAACUGGGAUGACAAAGUUGA